UGGAGCUUAACCCUCGUAUGUAAAAUUGGGCAUCCCUGUUUAUAAACGACAACAAACGUCAAAAAACAAACCAAACCGCGCAUUCAUAUUGUCAUUUUUACAACUUUGUAGUUUUCGACGGAUUUGACUCUCAACAAUAAUUAUACAAUGGAUUAUGUGGACAUCCAGGCAGUUGAAUCUAAGUUGACGGAUGUCACAGUAACACCGAUCCCAAUGGGUACCAAGAUUACUUCAUCCGUCCAUGAGUUUUCACCUAGUAACUACACGAAUCAGCAGCAACAAAAUAAACCAUAUAUUCAAGUUCAAAGCACGAUUAAUCCGCCUGUAUCUGCUGUUCUUCAAUCGGGGAGCAAUCAGAACCAAUUCUCGAAUAACAAUGCUUCGAAUGUUACGAAAUAUGCACAACUAUUGAUGAUCAUUGAGGAAAUGGGACGUGACAUUCGACCGACCUACUCCGGUAGUCGCAGCUCUGCAGAACGUCUGAAACGAGGUAUAGUUCAUGCCAGAAUUUUAGUGCGGGAAUGUUUGCUGGAAACCGAACGGUCUGCUAGGCAAUAGACUUUGUACUCCUGCCAGUUGAUGUGUCAUCUCGGAAGAAUUCAUUCGAAGUUUGAGUACAAAAUAGCGUAAAUCCAAAAACAAAAAAAUGAUGCCUGUUUACAGACCAUCCAGAGUACCUAUAGCCUAUAGUGAAAAUAGAACCGAAAGAACCAAUUUGAGCUAGCUUGCACUUAUUAUGAAUAAAUUAUGUAUACUGAAACUAUAGCUUAAGAUUGUAAGACAAAUAUGUAAAAAAUAUUGGUCGAAAAAAGACAAUUAUUUUAAGUAGUAAUCGGGAAGAGAAUGUAUUUUAUAUUCAACGGAAUAAAGAACAUUGAAAAAAUAUAUAUACAA